AUAAUUACCUACGGAUUAGGAUCUCUCCCCAUAAAACUCUCCCUCUUAUACCUCCAUCCUUAACUUACCCACAUUUAUCUCCCUCUCUCUUUUAGAAAACAAGAAGAGUAAGACUCAUAAAAAAAAUUAGAGAUGAGAAUUCAUCAGAGGCUUGACAAGUCUCAACACAUUUGCAUAGAGUAUCGAUAGAGACGUACUGAUUUCGAAACUUAUUUUCCGAGAGUUUAAUUUGUUCGUUCGAUUUUAGGUUUUGGAAUUUGGUUUCUAAGAUGGGCGGAAACAAAGAAGAGGCAUUGAAAUGCUUGAAGAUCGCGCGCCAAGCGAUUGAAUUCCGCAACCGGGUCCGCGCCCAACGAUUCAUCACCAAAGCCCAGCUCCUCGACCCAUCUCUAUCCGCAGCAGAUAUCCUCUCCAAACUCGAAGAUCGCUCCGCGGAACCAUCGAAAAAACCAUCUCACGCUCGGCCUAGGGUUAGGGUUUCGGAACGCGGGUCUUCUUCGACUGCUUCCUUGGCUUACACCGAGGAACAUAUCGCGAUCGUGAGAGAGAUAAAGAAGAAGAAGAAUUACUACGCAAUACUGGGCGUAGAAGAGAGUUGUACCGCGGAAGACAUCCGAAAAGCGUAUCGAAAGCUCGCGGUGAAGGUUCAUCCCGAUAAGAACAAGGCUCCGGGUGCAGAUGAGGCGUUCGCGGCCGUAUCAAAGGCGUUCAAGUGUUUGAGCAGCCGCGAAAGUAGGACAAGGUACAAUCAAAUGGGAUCCGAGUCAGGCGAACAAGCGUUCGGAAGGCGGACUGCCCGUGCCCCGCGGGGGUUUGAUGAUUUUUCUGCAUGUGAUGCCGAGGCUGAGGAGUUUUACAAUAGCCCCUUGAUCUCUGGAGAAAUUUUCUAUCUAGCUGUGUUCUUGGACCUGAUGAGGGGGCGUAUUCCACCUGCUAAGACUUUGAUUAGACUGCUGCCUGUGCUUCUGAUUCUCAUCUGGAGCUGCAUGCCCUCAAACUAUCCCGUUUACACCCUCUCGCCUCAAGGAUCGCAUCGAAUCAAGUUUACGACUCAAAAGGGCGUCGAUUUUUAUGCGAAGCCGGGGAGUUUUGAGCAGGCUUACCCUCCUGAUAGCCCGCAGAGGGUGAAGCUUGAGGCACAAGUGGAAAGAGAUUAUGUGUCGAGAUGCGUGGAUGGUUGCAUGGUUGAGGUGGAGUUUGUACAGGCGGGAUAUAGAGGGGAUACGCCGUAUUGCGACUUGCUGAAGCAGUUUGAGGAGCGCCUUGUGGCUUCGUUCCAAAUCUAAAUUGGCUUCUUAAUUAUGUUUCGAUUUUACAGUUACAAUAAGUGGAGUACAUGUCUUAGUUUCAAUUUGCUUUAUUCGAUUUCAACUUAUUUAAUGGAUUGGAUAAUUACUGUGAAAUAAAUCUUUGUAAUUCUCUAUUCAAAGAUUAAUGAUGUCUUUUUCACCUUUCAAAAAGAAUAAAAAAAAAUCCUUUGAGUUUCCAUCAAUAUUCUUCAAAUUCAAGGAAAGAAUCCAUGCUCUAGAUGAUUUGGAGGAAGAGUUUAUUUCGGAGGAAGAAGUUGAUUUCGAGGAUGGUGCCCCCCUUUCUUUGGAAUUUUAACAUCUAGGUAAAAUUUG